AUGGCUUGUCCCUGGAAGUUUCUGUUCAAGUCCAAAUCCUCCCAGUAUGACUUGUCUGAGAUAAAGGACAUCAACAACAACGUGGGGAAAAUAGCUCAUCUAACCUUCAGUCCGGGAACACAGGAUGACCCCAAGCCUCACAGCUUCGACAAGCCCUGGAAUGAGUCCUCCUCACCCUUCACAGGGACGGAGCAGUCUCCAGCAUCCCGAGUCCAGCUGGUUGAACCCCCAUCGGCCUGUCCACGGCACGUGAGGAUCAAAAACUGGGGCAGUGGCAUGACUUUUCAGGACACACUUCACCACAAGGCCAGCGCGAAUCUUGCUUGCAAAUCCAAGACUUGCCAGGGGGCCCUCAUGAGCCCCAAAAGUUUCACCAGAGGACCGAGGGACAAGGCUACGCCCCCGGAUGAGCUUCUACCUCAAGCUAUUGAAUUUGUCAACCAGUAUUACAACUCCUUCAAAGAGGCAAAAAUAGAGGAACAUCUGGCCAGGGUGGAAGCAGUAACAAAGGAGAUCGAAACAACAGGAACCUACCAGCUGACAGGCGAUGAGCUCAUCUUUGCCACCAAGCAGGCCUGGCGCAAUGCCCCCCGCUGCAUCGGCAGGAUCCAGUGGUCCAACCUACAGGUCUUUGACGCCCGGAACUGUACCACAGCCAAGGAAAUGUUUGAGCACAUCUGCAGACAUCUGCGUUACUCCACCAACCAGGGCAACAUCAGGUCAGCCAUCACCGUGUUCCCUCCGCGGAGUGACGGGAAACACGACUUUCGGGUGUGGAAUGCUCAGCUCAUCCGCUAUGCGGGUUACCAGAUGCCUGACGGCACCAUUAUAGGAGACCCUGCCUGCGUGGAGUUCACCCAGCUGUGCAUCGACCUGGGCUGGAAACCCAAGUACGGCCGCUUUGACGUGAUGCCUCUGGUCCUGCAAGCGAACGGUGGUGACCCUGAGCUCUUUGAAAUCCCCCCUGACCUUGUACUCGAAGUAUCCAUGGAGCACCCCAAGUAUGAGUGGUUUCAGGAGCUGGGGCUGAAGUGGUAUGCCCUGCCGGCCGUGGCCAAUAUGCUGCUUGAAGUGGGUGGCCUUGAAUUCCCGGGGUGCCCUUUCAAUGGCUGGUACAUGGGCACAGAGAUUGGAGUCCGGGACUUCUGUGACGUCCAGCGCUACAAUAUCCUAGAGGAAGUGGGCAGAAGGAUGGGCCUAGAAACACACAAGCUGGCCUCGCUCUGGAAAGAUCGGGCUGUCAUCGAGAUCAACGUGGCUGUGCUCCACAGCUUCCAGAAGCAGAAUGUGACCAUCAUGGACCACCACUCAGCUGCAGAGUCCUUCAUGAAGUACAUGCAGAAUGAGUACCGCUCCCGUGGGGGCUGCCCAGCAGACUGGGUCUGGCUGGUGCCCCCAAUUUCUGGAAGCAUCACCCCCGUGUUUCACCAGGAAAUGUUGAACUAUAUCCUGUCCCCUUUCUACUAUUAUCAGGUGGAUGCCUGGAAAACCCAUGUCUGGCGGGACGAGAAGCGGAGGCCCAAGAGAAGAGAGGUUCAGUUCAAAGUCUUGGCCAAAGCUGUGCUCUUCACCUCUGUACUCAUCCGAAAAGUCAUGGCGUCAAGAGUCAAGGUCACCAUCCUCUUUGCAACAGAGACAGGAAGGUCGGAAACACUGGCCCAGGACCUGGGAGCCUUGUUCAGCUGUGCCUUCAAUCCCAAGGUUUUGUGCAUGGACGAGUACAGGCUGAGUGACCUGGAGAAAGAGCAGCUGCUGCUGGUGGUGACCAGCACGUUCGGGAAUGGAGAUUCUCCCAGCAAUGGAGAGAAACUGAAGAAAUCACUCUUCAUGUUGAAAAAGCUCACUAACAAAUUUAGGUAUGCUGUGUUCGGCCUUGGCUCCAGCACAUACCCUCAGUUCUGCGCCUUUGCACAUGACAUUGACCAGAAGUUCUCCCACCUGGGGGCCUCCCAGCUCACUCCGACUGGGGAAGGAGAUGAGCUCAGUGGGCAGGAGGAAGCCUUCCGCAGCUGGGCCGUCCAGACAUUCAAGGCAGCAUGUGAGACAUUUGACAUCCGAGGCAAAAAUCAGAUUCAAAUCCCCAAGCUCUACACCUCCAGUGAGACCUGGGACCCACACCAGUACAGGCUUGUGCAAGACUUGGAGCCUUUGGACCUCAACAAAGCCCUGAACAGCUUGCACGCUAAGAACGUGUUCACCAUGAAGCUCAAGUCCCAGCAGAAUCUACGGAGUCCAGAAUCCAGCCGCACCACCCUCCUGGUGAAACUCUCCAGUGAAGACAGGCAGGCUUUGAACUACCUGCCUGGAGAACACCUCGGCGUUUUCCCAGCCAACCAGGCGGCCCUGGUUCAAGGCAUCAUGGAGCGCCUGGUGGAUAGACCUGCACCCCACCAGCCUGUGCACCUGGAGGUCCUCAGUGAGAACGGCAGCUACUGGAUCAAAGACAAUAGAUUCCCACCCUGCUCACUCAGUCAGGCCCUCACCUACUUUCUGGACAUCACCACACCCCCGACCCAGAUGCUGCUCCGAAAGCUGACCCAGCUAGCCACAGGAGAGGCUGAGAGGCAGAGGCUGGAGGCCCUGUGCCAGCCCUCAGAGUACAACAAAUGGAAGUUCACCAACAGCCCUACGUUCCUGGAAGUUCUUGAGGAGUUCCCAUCCGUGCGGGUAUCUGCUGCCUUCCUGCUCUCCCAGCUCCCGAUUCUGAAACCCCGGUACUACUCCAUCAGUUCCUCCCGGGACCACACCCCCACAGAAGUCCAUCUCACUGUGGCUGUGGUCACAUACCGCUCCCGAGGUGGCCAAGGUCCCCUACACCACGGUGUUUGCAGUACUUGGCUCAGUACCCUGAAGCCCCAGGAUCCAGUGCCCUGUUUUGUGCGCAGUGCCAGCGGCUUCCAGCUCCCCGAGGACUCCUCCCAGCCCUGCAUCCUCGUUGGGCCCGGCACGGGCAUCGCCCCCUUCCGCAGCUUCUGGCAGCAGCGGCUCCACGACAUUGAGCACAAAGGGCUCCAGGGAGGCCGCAUGACCCUGGUAUUCGGGUGUCACCACCCCGAUGAGGACCAUCUGUAUCGGGAAGAGAUGCAGGAGAUGGCCCGGAAGGGGGUGCUUCACGAGGUGCACACCGCCUAUUCUCGCCUGCCUGACCAGGCCAAGGUCUAUGUUCAAGACAUCCUGCGGCAGCAGCUGGCUGACGAGGUGAUCCAUGUGCUCCAUGAAGAGCAGGGACACCUCUACAUCUGCGGGGAUGUACGCAUGGCCAGGGAUGUGGCAAACACCCUAAAGAAGCUGGUGGCAGCCAGGCUGAGGCUGAGUGAGGAGCAGGUUGAGGACUAUUUCUUCCAGCUCAAGAGUCAGAAGCGCUAUCAUGAGGAUAUCUUUGGUGCUUUAUUUCCCCACGAGGUUAAAAAGGAGGGUGCAUUCGGCCUGCCCAGCAAUCCCAGAGCUUUGAUGACCCAUGGGACAAGCUAA